AUGUAUAAUACUUAUCAAAUUGACGAUAUCGACAUGCGUCCAAAAGAACCUUGGAAUGCCACAGGCGAACCUCAAUACUAUGAUCAAGUCUAUCAUUAUGUCUCUCGAGUAUUAAAUGAAUGUUCAAAACUUGUCGAAGGUUUUGAACAUGAAUAUUAUCAACGCUCGGGACCAGGAACACAAUCACUUGUCAACAACAUUACAUCUCGACAACAGGCAUCAGUAGUCACGUUGAUAUCAUGGUCAAAACCUCUAAACGAAUUGAGAAAUGCUCGACAAAUAAUGGAAAUUCGAAAUGGAAAAGCAAUUCGUGAUUUGUUAAAUGAUGUUAAAAUGAAUGCGAUUAUUGGUCCGGUGUCAGAAGAAUCGGUUUUACUUAUCAAAAGAAUUUUGGAUCGUACAACCGAUAUGUUAUAUACACAAAUACCAGCAUUAGCUCAGAAAAUUGAGGAUGUUACAAAUCUAAUGGAACAAUAUUUUCUCAGUUUUUAUAAUAUCGACAAUGUUAAAGAUAUUGUGCAAAAUAAGAAAAAGGAGAGAAUGCCAGAUGCUUACGUUGAAACAGCUUACACAUAUGAGAAAUCACGUUGGCAACAUUUAAUACAAGCUAAUCGAUCAAUAAAAACAUUACGUGAAAUGUCUAGUCGUGUGGAAGAAACAAAAGGGAUUAUUCUAUCUCAAUUAUCGAAAGAAUGUCAAGAACUAGCUGUGAGAUGUGAUUGUGAUAAAAUACCAUAUAUAUUUGCUCUACCAGAAUGUUUUAUUGAAGCCAGACGAGCUAUUAUAGCUCUUGAAACAUGGCUACAAGAUGACACCACAUAUAAUAAAUUUGUUCAAAUGCAAGUAUAUCCAAAGACUUAUUUUAUUUUAUUAAUGGAAUCAUAUGUUUCAGAUCAGUAA